CCGAUGGGGCAGUUGGUGUGCACAAAAGUUGAUUUGGAUAGUUAUUUAAAAUCCCCCACGUGCCCGCCAACGGCGUGCCUCGUGCUCAUUUAAUUUAUAUAUCGUCUUGUUUUAAUAAUUUGUCAAUUAAUAUUUCCAAGUCAGCGGGGAAGAAAAUUUUGCAUUCCACUCAUGUGUGUAAUAAUUCGUAAUCAAUGGUAAUGAGUGAUAAUGAAGAGUGAAAUAAAUUAAUUCUGUUUGUCUAUAUUUAUCGCGGGUGAUAUUACUGUCAUCGGGGCUGGACUCAAUCCAGUGGGAGCGUAUCGAAAAGACUGCAGGAGAGAGGAGAUCGUUAUGCUGUUAUCGGGAGCGUGGUUUGAAUUGAUAUGCGUGACAAUUUGUGCAAUUGUCGCCUUGGCAACGAGCUACAGGCCCCCGUGGUGGUUUUGGCCGGGGACGUCUCAUCAGUCUGAUAGGAAAAAAGAUGAAAAAAUGAAAAACAAAGUGCUAGGCGUACAAGAUGUACCUGGUCCCCUAGCAUUACCAGUCCUCGGGACAAGAUGGAUAUUCUCUCUAUUCGGAAAUUAUCGAUUGGAUAAGAUUCACGAUGCAUACAAAGACAUGAAUCUACAAUACGGUCCACUGUGCAAGGAGGAAGCCCUGUGGAAUUACCCAGUGAUAUCGCUCUUUUCUCGUGGGGACAUCGAGGCAGUGAUGAAACGCGCGUCGCGGUAUCCGUUGAGACCACCGCAGGAGAUAAUAUCCAACUAUCGGCAAUCACGACGAGAUCGUUAUACCAAUCUCGGUCUGGUUAAUGAACAAGGUGAAACCUGGCACAAACUGCGUUCAGCCCUCACCCCCGAGCUGAUGGGAGCAAGCACAGUUUCAGGAUUCUUCCCCGCUCUCAACAGAGUUGCAGACGAAUUCAUCAACCUCAUCCGGAUAAGACGAGUCAACGAUAAAAUCGAAGGGUUCGAAGAGUUGGCUUACAGGAUGGGACUGGAGAGCACUUGCACGCUGAUUCUAGGUCGUCACCUGGGCUUCCUGAACUCCACAUCAGGGAACAUAACGGCAAGACUCGCUCAGGCUGUCAGAGUUCACUUUACAGCUUCGAGAGAUGCAUUCUACGGAUUGCCACUCUGGAAAGUUAUGCCGACCACCGCUUACAAGGAGCUCAUCGAGAGUGAGGAUGAGAUUUAUAACAUUGUGUCUGAGCUGUUGGACACGACGAUAUGCGAGCAGAUGAAUGAUGCCAAGGAUGAGGCAGUGGAGGCUGUUUUCAAAUCCAUUCUGAGGGAGAAGAAUUUAGAUAUGAGGGACAAGAAGGCGGCGAUCAUAGAUUUCAUAGCUGCUGGCAUUCACACGUUGGGAAACACUUUGGUAUUUAUGUUUCAUCUGAUCGGAAGUAAUCCUAGGGUACAGAAAAUUCUUCAUGAAGAAGUUGAAACGUUAGCUCCACGAAAUUGUGAUAUUGAAGUUCAGGAUCUGCGGAGUGCGAAGUAUCUUAGGGCGUGUGUGCAGGAGGGCUUUCGGGUGAUUCCAACUGCUCCCUGCAUCGCACGCAUCCUCGAUGAUUCUAUUGAGCUUUCUGGUUAUCAUCUGAAUGCUGGGACUGUGGUUCUUUUACAUACGUGGAUAGCAGGAUUGAAGGAAAGUAAUUUUAAAAAUGCCGAUGAAUGGAUGCCCGAGAGGUGGUUGGAACACACCGAGCCACAUUCGCCAGUGCUUGUGGCACCAUUCGGCGUUGGCCGGAGAAUAUGUCCGGGGAAGCGAUUUGUUGAGCAGGCGCUGUAUCUCAUUAUUGCAAAAGUCGUCCAGGAGUUCGAAAUCACCUGUGAAGAGGAGCUAUCCCUGCAAUUUGAAUUCAUACUAGCCCCCAAGGGGCCAGUAUCAAUCACAUUCCGUGAUCGUCAAGAAUCUAUUUAAAAAAAAGUCAUCGAUUAUUUGUCGCGCACUGUUUUUUUCGUUAUUAUUGCCCACUAAUUUAUAUCUAUUGUCUUCUGUCCCUGAUUAUUUUAAGUAUUGUAGUACAUCUACUAUUUUAUUUAGAUUUUAUUUCGGCACUCAUAAGUCCAACUGAACAUAUUUAUUACUGUAUUUUUUUUUUUACAAAUGUUGUAGUCAAUUUAAUAUUUCUCGGCCAUUGUAAUAAUACAUCAGGAUUGUCUAAUCAUUGAAUCUUAUCAUGUAGAUAGAUAGAUGUGAAAUUUUUAAAUAAAUUGAGUUUAUUUUUUGAA